AUGUUUCACAACGGCACCGGUUUCCCGCGUUCUCAUUGCCUUGAUCUUUGGGUGGAUUCAUACAAACUAUAUUGUGAUUGUUGUGUUCAACAAACCAACCGUACCAUAUAUAGGAAGCACCACGAGCCGUUCUUAAACACCGCGGACGAGGGGCAGUGGACAUCACCAGCCGAGGUGGAGCACAAACUCGAGUUCACGGAGGUGUACAACUUAUUCUUGACACACUUCGAAGACAAAAUUUCAGGGUUUAUCGAGGAAGAGGCGGGGGGGACAGUGGAGCAGUUCCAGCAGGAGUGCAAGGAAGCUCUUCUAACGCUAGAGGAGUUCUCUCCUCGAAGGUUCUUCAUCGAGAUCCUACUGGCUACCACAGACUACGACCGUUUCUACGUUCUCAUGGUCGGCGAAGCGAAAAAGCUGAGGAGGGCAAAGGCACAUGCACGCGGGAGUAAUGGUGACAGCCUUAGUGGGUCCUCUUCGUCGCACAAAUAGGAGUUUUUGCCGCGCUGUGAUAUCCCUCUCGUCGUGCUGUCUUGCGGAAAACUCAUAGGUUAAUAUUAAUUAGUAGUAUCACCAAGGCAGUAGUUGCCGAUAUUUUUCAGUAGUUGCAGCAAACAUCCAGGGACGAUACAAUAUUUUUUCCCCGUGAAACAAGUUGCCUGAAACAAGAAAUGGAUUGAAUUCUGCUCAGUAAUAUCUGUCAGGUAAUGGUACCAGGUGGUUCUUGCUCGGUGAUAUUUUCUCGCGUUCUACACGUAUUCUGAAUUUUAGAGCGCGUGGUUCAUGUGGGCGGGCCAGCCGUGGGCACGCAUUCACGAGAAAAGGUCGUUUGGAAUUGCUUUCGUCCUCGGACUUCUUUUCACUUGCCAGCAUUCCCUAUCCCUAAAUAGAUUCAGCCGUCAUUUUCGUCGUGGUAUCGAAGUUCUUGUGUGCGCUUGCUGUCCACUUGUUGGGCAUGACGUGGGAAGAAACCCAGUUACUGUUAAGUAUGACUGCGCAGAGAGUCGUACCCAUGUCCCAGCACCAAAAGGCUGGGAGGAUGUACGAACCGGGGACCGAUAAAGCCCAUUGGCCAUGUGAUAUUCGAGCUCCGCUUGGAGCCCCAACUUGUAGAAAUGUGGAGCGUCUUGUGUGGGGGGGGCUGAUGGGACUCGCGACCGCUAGUCGGGUGAUAGGAUUUCGUGUCUGGCUACAUAGAUGGAGCAUCCGCUCAAUCUGUCG